CUUAGAUACAGUUGCUGCUUUUCAUCUGCGACGAGACAUGGCUCUUUCUUGCGCUGCUUGUUCUUUGGAUAAUACAGGAGAGUUACGCAUGUAUAAGCGGUGCACGCUCGGGCUAGGCAAGCCAGGGCAUUGUUUCUGAUACCGUGAAAUUUUAUCUGGUCAGUUCUUUUCUACUGUGUGUAGUGGUUUGCUGGAUUGCACGAAGUUUCGUGUUGGGCUGGAGUACUUGAUUUGCUUGGUACCUGACGAGGACAAAAAACCUGACAAGAUGGAAGCUUUGGGCGGAAUCCUGAAAACGGCGCACACUGCGUUUAUCACCCCAAGAAUGACCGCCUGGGGCAGGGUCAGGGUGAUUAAAGCGGGAACUUUUUGCCGUAUUUGUUGUGGGAUUACUUUUGUAUGUUUUUUAGAAGCUCAGUCAGCGGUUUGCAGAUGAAGCAACUACACAGCGUCGCAUGAUGUUUGGCAUGACCACGUUUUCAUUAUUGUGUACAACUAUCACUGAUGAUGUUGCAGUCUAUGCUAUAGCAUGACAAAUACAUUGCCCCAGGUACCGUCGUGUGGCCAUGCACCGUGCCAUUACUGCUGCACCAGUACAUCCGUGGCCGAGAAUAUCCAAGGAAAGCAGCAAAUUUGUAUUGCAGGAUCAGGACGACGAAGAUGAUGAUGAAGAUAAAAAAGAAAUUCACGAGCAGACUUACAUUCUGCAAAAUUUUUUGUUGUCCAGGUGUACACUGA